AUGUACACGGCAUCCUUUGUUCCUCAGUGGGGAGGAAAUUUGCUAGCCUCCACUUUUGCUUCGUCUUCCACAACAUCAACAUCAACAUCAAUACCCAAGCUAGCCCACCUCACAUCCGAUCCACCACCAAACCCUUCAACUCCUUUACUCAAGAAUGACAAACCUUCGUCCUCAUCCACAUCUGCGUCACAGCGCGCGGAGUCAGGCGCCUCCAUCAAAGGCUUUGUCGGCGGCACAGCUUCCGGACUCACCAAGCUCCUCGUCGGUCACCCAUUCGACACAAUCAAAGUUCGCAUGCAAUGCUCCCCUCUCGGAACGUACACUGGACCGCUCGACUGCUUCCUCCAACUAGCACGACGCGAAUCCCUGCUCGGACUGUACAAAGGUGCAACACCCCCUGCAUUUGGAUGGGCUCUCACUGACUCGGUGCUGCUAGGAAGUCUUCACAACUAUCGACGAUUCUUCGCACGUCUCACCAACCCGUCCUAUGGAGAAGAGGACAGCGUUAAGGGGCUUGCCGUCAAGUAUCACGCGCUGGCGGGCUUAAUGGCGGGCUGGACAAACAGCUUCGUCACCACUCCGGUGGAGCUGAUCAAGGCCAAAUUGCAGAUGCAAACCCAACGCGUAUCGCUUCACCUACCCGGUCAACCCUCGACCGUAGUGUCCGAGUUCAGAGGUCCACUCGAUUGCAUCCGCCAGAUCGUCGCGCAGCGUGGCGUGUUCGGUCUGUGGCACGCGCUACCAGCGACUCUCCUCUUCCGCUCCAGCUUCGCUGCAAUGUUCGGCUCGUACGAAUACUUCCAACAGCUCUUCUCUAGCUGGAAGGGUACCUCGUGGGAACUUUCCCCCGGAACCAUCACCUUCAUCUCUGGAGGUCUAGGUGCAGAGGUCUUCUGGUUGACCGCUUUCCCAGCCGACGUCAUCAAGAAUCGGAUGAUGGCGGAUAACAUCAAGGACCCAAAGUACAAGGAUGUUAAGAGCGCCUGGUUGAGCGCUUGGAAUGCGAGGGGGAAAGAUGUGGUCUGGUGGAGAAAGGUUAGGGGCGUGUACACAGGAUUCUUGCCGUGUCUGUUGAGGGCGUUCCCGACGAAUGCAGCGGCGCUGUUUGCGUUCGAGACUGCGAUGCACCUGAUGGGAGCGGAGAAGGUGUAG